GCACCCGUGACCAUAUCUAGUGCCUGGUGAUCCUGCAAACCUACUGCGAAAAUGGCAACUUGUGUGCAACCUCAAAACUUUGAUUAUAGGAGUCGGCCUUUGAAAAAACGACCACUCAUUAUCGAGAAGGAAGAGUCGAAUGAUGACAAGCCCGAAGACUUAUCAAUGAAGAAACCCAGGCUAGGGCGACCAGGAAGCCCGUUUUUCACCCCUUGGCGUUCUCAAAACCAGCGCGACGAAGCUUCUACUUCAACUUCAACAUCAACUUCUACUUCAACUUCUACUUCAACUUCAACUUCAGCAUCAAUAUCAACAUCAACAUCUCCAAGAGUUAAACUUUCUCCCAGCUCUAAUUUGAUUCCAUCAAUUCGAGUGCUUUCUCCGAAACGUCGAAAAAAUUCAAGUCCGUUGGCUCAUGUUGCAAGCAACUUUGAAUAUCAUAAAUGGUUGCGUGACAGCGAAUUUACACCUCGUGAAUUUCCAGUAAAUUUAUCGUCAACUAAAAAUGUUGCUGAAUGUCGUGAAGUUCCUAAAGCAUGUAUCGAUUUUGUAUCCCUUCAAAUGAGUACCGUGAAGCAAGAAUGUUCCGAGCCAACUACCUCUUCCACCGCUCCUUUAUCUACAGUUGAGCAAAUUAAGCUUUCACCGAAGAUCACUAAAGAAAAUUCUGACUUGUUAACAAAUUCUGCACCCACGAUUACAGCGCCUGUUUCCGUACCGUCCGUCGAUUCUCCUUUGGCCAACUUUUUUUUCUUCGAACACUUCCAGAAUGCCGUAAAUAGCAGCAAAUUGUUUACACAUCCAAGCACAGUGCGGAAUAGGAUGCCCCAAACUAUUUAUCCAUUCCCAAUGUGGAACCAAAAUCUUAUGGCAGCACAAAUCCCUUCGACGUCAGAAACUAAUGGUCAACUUUCAUCACCGUGUUCCAUCACCUCUGACGACUCCGGAAUUGUCGCAGAGUCGCCAAGCGAUGACGAAAUUGAUAUUGAGGGAGAUUCAGAUAAUCCUCUCUGGGAGAAAGGGGUACAAUUUAUCUGUGAGAAUUGUGGCAAGAUUUACAGCACGUGCUCGGGUCUCAGUAAACACAAGGCAGAGAUGGUCUGUAGUAGCGCCGAUGACGCCCAAUCGUUGUUUAUGUGUCCAAAACAAGGAUGUGACAAGGCUUACGGUACUCCCGGGGCUCUCAAGAUGCACAUCCGGACGCACACGCUGCCCUGCAAGUGCCACAUUUGUGGCAAGUCGUUCUCGCGGCCGUGGCUGCUGCAGGGCCACAUCCGCACCCACACCGGAGAGAAGCCGUUCCAGUGCAGCGAAUGUUGCCGCAGUUUUGCGGACCGCAGCAACUUGAGGGCGCACCAGCAGACGCACGCCACAGUCAAGAAAUACGCCUGCCAGAUUUGCACCAAGACUUUCUCGCGCAUGUCGCUCCUCAACAAGCACAAGGAAAAUGCCUGUCGGAAGAUUUCAAUGCUGCGCUGCAGUCCGUCGUUUUCUAAAAUAAUGUGUGAGGCGGAAGAUAAAUUCCCUUCUUGAAAUCACCCUUCAAUUAUUAAGACAUAAUCUCCAUUGUUCAUCUUCAUGUCCUUUUAAAUUUUUUAUUUUUAAUGUUAUUGACUUGUACUUAAUUCUGUAAUAUUCUGUACUUUUGUACGUUUUAUGUUAUUAAUUCUAUUGCGUUAGUUGUUUUUAAAUUUGUUCAUGUUCUUCUCGCGAUGUCUGAUGGGCAAACUCUAGUAUUAUUUUCUUGGUUUCUCAUAUUGAGAAUUAGUUGAAAUUUUUACUUCUGGUCUGAAGAAAUGAAACGACAUGCAUUUCGAUAAGUUGCUCAGGAUGUGUAUUCAACACAAAAUUCUAUAACCAAAGCUUAAAUUAAAAUAAUAUAACAUUCUAGUCAUUUGUACAGUAAAUUUAUUAUACUAGAAACUAUUGUAUGCCUGUGAAUUCGCUCAUCGAUUUUAUAUUCAGAAAAAUCAUU